AUGUCCAACGUUCCCCUGCCCACAGUAACUUUAGAAGGAGAUUCGCCCGACGCGGCGCACGAGGCCGUGUCGUCGUCGCUGUCGUCGUUUGUCCCCGUGGAAAUCCAGGACGCCAUCCAGAUCAUUGACGAGCACAAACAGUUCAACAAGCAAAUCUUGGACUACAUCAGCAGCCGAUCGCGCCAGCCGGGCGACUACCGCAUCAUCUCGGUGUUUGGCUCGCAGAGCACGGGCAAGUCCACUUUGCUCAACCACUUGUUCAGCACCAACUUCGAUGUCAUGGACGAGGUCAACCGCCAGCAAACGACAAAGGGAAUCUGGAUGGCUGUCAGUCCUGGCGUCAGCAACCUGCUUCCGGCAAACGCCCAUGUGCCGCCCGAAAACAUCUUGGUGAUGGACGUCGAGGGCACCGACGGCCGCGAACGCGGCGAAGACCAGGACUUUGAGCGGAAAGCCGCUCUUUUCGCCUUGUCCACCAGCGAGGUGCUCAUUGUCAACAUGUGGGAGUCCCAGGUGGGCUUGUACCAGGGCGCCAACAUGGGCUUGUUGAAGACGGUGUUUGAGGUGAACUUGUCGCUUUUCGGCAAGGCCAAGCUCCAGAACAACGACCACAAGGUUCUUUUGCUCUUUGUGAUCCGUGACCACUUGGGCGUCACGCCAAUGGAGUCUCUAGCCGCCACCAUCACUCAGGACUUGUUGCGGAUCUGGGAAGGCUUGAACAAGCCCGCUGACGUGGCCCAUUUGGCCUUUGACGAUUUCUUCGACUUGGCUUUCCACACGUUGAGCCACAAGGUGUUGCAGAACGAAAAGUUCUUGGACGACGUUCGCCUGUUGGGAAACAAGUUCCUCGACACCUCCAGCGAGUCUUUCCUCUUCAAGCCAAACUACCACCACGACAUUCCUAUUGAGGGCUGGACCAUGUAUGCCGAGAACUGCUGGGACCAGAUCGACCACAACAAGGACUUGGACUUGCCCACGCAGCAGAUAUUGGUGGCCAAAUUCAAGUGUGACGAGGUGGCCGCUCAGUGCUUCGAAGAGUUUGCCAAAGUUUCGCAUGAGUUGAAAAACGUAGCAGUAUCGGCAACCCAGAGCACAGAACCCAUCGACUACAAGGACACCGGGUUGGGUUUCCAAGACAUGAAGCAGAGCGUGUUGGAAGACUACGACUUGGGUGCCUCCAAGUACAACAAAUCCGUCUAUCAGCAGAAGAGAGCCACAUUGGCGGAGAAAAUCGACUCCACUUUGCAAGACGUGUUUGCCAUAUACGCCAAGCACUUGGUUACAACUUCUCUCAAAGCUGUCUCGGCAGGCUUGAGCAGGAAAACAAGGUCUGGGACUUUUGUUGAGGCUAUGGAGAAGUUGAAGCAAUCGUCGGCGCACGAUUUUCUGCAAGCUUUGGCUCUCAUCUCUUUGGAUGGCGCGUUGGAUACCCGUCCUUUCGAAAAGGAAUACUUGGCAGAGUUGGAGCAGCUUGUGUCCAAGCAACAAAUUGUAGAGUUGAACUCUAUUCUCAGCAAAGCUUUGAAAAAGCUCAACAAUGGCUUGAGCACAUGCUUUGUGGAGGAACUUGCCAACCCAUCCGAGCUUACAUGGGACCAUAUUUUGGAAAAAUUCCGAGGUCUUAGCAAGUCUGCUCUUCAGAAGUAUGAGACAGAGGAAGGUGAUUACGAUUUCCGUUUGGGCACUUUGCCAUCGAUGAACAAGAGGGCUCUCAAGACGUUUGACUUCAAGUCAUGGGAACUACUUGACAAUUUGAUUCACAAGUACAUUUCCAAAGACAAUUUGCUAAACAUCUUGAAGGACCGCUUCGACGACAAAUUCAGAUACGACGAAAACGGCGUACCUCGGUUGUACCAAAACACAAAAGAGUUGGAAGGCAGUUUCAGCGAGUCGAAAACCCACGCGUUGAAGGCAUUCCCAAUCUUGACGGUGGCCCGUUUGUCUGAUGGCACCGAGGUGAUUCCCAAGUACGAUGUUCGUGACAAGAAAUUGAAACGCCAGUAUGAGACCGUACGUGAGGAGAAGGAGGCCGAGGAAGAGGACGAGGACGAGUGGGACUCCGAGGAUGACGAAAAUCAGCGGGCUUUUGCAGAACUUUUGAGCGAGAGCGAAAAGGCCGAGGUCAUGGCCAAGUUCAAGCGUGAAAUGGAUGCUAAGUUUGUUGAAACAAAACGCUCCAUCAUGCAGCAUGUCACGCAGAUCCCAUACUACAUCUACAUUGUGAUUUUGGUUUUGGGCUGGAACGAAUUCAUGGCCAUAUUGCGCAAUCCUUUCUUCUUUACGCUUUUGAUCAUGUUGGCCGGAGCAACAUACGUCAUGUACCUGAUGAACUUGCUUGGGCCAGCGUCUAUUGUGGUUCAGCGCAUGGCAAACGAGGCUCUUGGCUUGGCCAAGGAGAAGCUUCGGGAAUUCGUUGUAGAUGACCACAUGCAACACGGACACAAUAUGAAGAAAAUGACGACAAAUGACAUUGAACUCGACGACUUGCUGGAGGAGUCUACAUAG